UUCUUUCUUAUUCUUGUGGUUACUGAGUAUCAUACAUUAUACAUUAAUGUAAAAAUGAAUUCUUUACCGUAAUUUUCUCUGCGUUACUGCUUUGUUCUCAUCUUUUUCCUCGAAAUAUAUACCUGUAAACAACCCUUUCCAUUUAACACUCCUUUUUCACUUUUCACUUCAUCUUCACUCUUCUGCAACUGCCUCUGAUCUUUACAGAAUGAACCUUGAGUAUCCAUACGAGAUAGUGAAGCAGCUAGCUUCAAGCAACGCAGUUGUCCUUUUCAGUACGAGUGGCAGCGAUUGCAUGUGCACCGUGGCUAAACGACUCCUCUUAGGCCUUGGCGUUGCCCCCAUUACCAUCGAGCUUGACCACCAUGUUGCAGGUCCCGACAUUCAAGCUGUCCUCUCUCGGCUCGCCGUAGAUGGCAGUCGACAGCCUAUCCCUGCCGUGUUUGUUGGUGGUAAGUUCCUUGGUGGCAUUGAAACCCUCAUCGCUUCCCACAUCAAUGGCACGUUGAUCCCUCUCCUCAAAGAUGCUGGUGCACUUUGGCUCUAAUGAUUUUCUUUUAUAACACCCCUAGUAACUAGGUAGCUAGUGUUUCCGUACAUAGCGUAUCAAUAAUGACGGACCUUGUUUCUUACUUGUCAGCUUCUUUGUCCUGAGCAUCAAAAUACGUAUCUAGACUAUUUCACUGUCUCUUGUCUUAAGCAAACAUUACUAUUAGUUACUAAAUUCCUGUUUGUAGAAAUCCCUGACUUGAGAUCAUCAUCCAAGGAAGAAAAUAAAUUUAAAUAAUCUUCUAAUAUUCGUUAA